AUGGAGAAUAAAGUUAAGGCGUGGCGAUUACCGCCAAGUUGCGUUCGUCCUCGGCAAAUCAGCGAGCCUCCGGUUGGCUUCCAGGAUGUGUCGCCGGAGCUAUCAAACUCCUCACGGAAGCGAAAGACUGCUUCUCUAUCUUCGGUUUACUCUCCACCCCGUUCUCCAUUGGGAAUAAUAAAGCCCUCUCUGGAGAUAGAGCUCGGUUGUUCAGAGUCGAAAGAUGAUUUUCCUAUGAAAGAAAGGAAAUGUAAGUGCAAACAAUCACGUUGUCUAAAGAUGUAUUGCUGGUGUUUUGCAUCUGGCCAGAGCUGCAACGGUUGUUCCUGUUUUGAUUGUCAAAAUACUCCUGGGAAUGAGGAUGCACGCCAGGCUGCCCUGGGAAGCAUUUUAGAGCGUAAUAGUAAAUCUUUGAGGAAAAUGAUAUCAACUCCCAAGUUUUCUGCUUCCAAUAAGGAUAGUUGGAAAGAGAAUAUCAUUUUGGUUAAUGUAGGAUGCUGCUGCAAGAAAUCGCAUUGUAUUCAGGGGUAUUGUGAUUGCUAUCAUGCUAAGAAGUCCUGUUCCGAAGCUUGCAAAUGCUGGAACUGUGAAAAUGUUCAUGGCUGGAAGGAAAGAUCCUCCUCGACACCGAAGAAGUUGGAAAAUGAGAACUUUCUUGAUUUAAAUGGCGAGAAUCCAGUGAAUUAUAAGAUUGACCAAAGUUGGAAGGUUGUCAGACAAGGAACAACCAGCCCCUUGAACUCCAGCCGCAGGUUAAUUUUGUGCGGAGCUGAAUAUAACAUCAAUCAACUACAGAAUUUGAUGGAGUUUUGUGAAUUGCUGAUGGGAACAUCUGAAGCUGUAAGUACAGACUUCAAGAUACUUUCCAGUUUGGGAAAUUUGGAUCACAAACAGGAACGGCAGAAUUCUGUUGCCUUUGUGGAUGAUCAUUUUGGGAGACAAGAUUAUCAGAUAUCUAAACUAGGCAACCACGUGAACUGCAAUCAGGAUGAUGUGCUCUGCCAGGAUUUUAACUCUGGUGACUUCACACCAAAAGAGAGGCCAAUGUCCCCCAAAAUUGCUUCCUUUGCAGGUGAAGAGAAAGAUAUGGUGUCUAAUCCAGAUGCUUCAUCCAGUAGGAUCCGAAGUAGUGGUUGCUUUUCAGAGGUUUAUAUGGAGCAGGAAAAUCUUAUUUUAGCAAACUUCAGGGAUUUCCUGACCUGCCUCUUAGCUCGUGGUCGUGGUAAUGCUAAAGGGUAA